AAUUGGUCCCCUCCCACCAGCAUCAGGCGUGUAAUCACAUCAGUUAAUUUUUCACUAGAUAUGUCAUUCGGCCCGACUUGUCGUCGUAUAGAGUUAUUUAUUAGUUAGACAGUGAAAUAACCGGUGUCAAAAUGUUUAGUUGGUUAAGCAGGGACAAUAAUAAGACAGAAGUGUACUCAAAUGUGGUCGAAGGACUUAAGACCAUUUACAAAAAUAAGCUACUGCCUUUGGAGCAACAUUAUCAGUUCCACGACUUUCACUCGCCGCAAUUGGAAGACUCAGAUUUCGAUGCGAAGCCGAUGAUACUAUUAGUGGGACAGUACUCGACUGGUAAAACAACGUUUAUAAAAUACCUUCUCGAGAGGGACUUUCCGGGAAUCCGAAUCGGCCCGGAGCCCACCACCGAUAGGUUCAUCGCCGUAAUGUACGACGACAAAGAGGGAAUAAUUCCAGGUAAUGCUCUAGUUGUCGACCCCAAAAGGCAAUUCCGCCCCCUUUCCAAGUUCGGCAACUCUUUCUUGAACCGCCUGCAGUGCUCCCUGGUCAACUCCCCCGUGCUCCAGAACAUUUCCAUCAUAGACACCCCCGGGAUACUCUCCGGCGAGAAACAGAGAGUGGACCGGGGUUACGACUUCACGGGGGUUCUGGAGUGGUUCGCCGAACGAGUGGAUAGAAUAAUCCUCCUGUUUGAUGCACACAAGCUGGACAUUUCUGAUGAGUUCAGGCGUUCAAUUGAAGCUUUACGUGGGCACGACGAUAAAAUCCGUAUUGUGCUGAACAAGGCCGACAUGAUCGACCACCAGCAGUUGAUGCGCGUGUACGGCGCCCUGAUGUGGUCACUAGGCAAAGUCCUGCAGACCCCUGAAGUCGCCAGAGUCUACAUAGGCUCAUUCUGGGACCAACCCCUCCGCUACGACGUCAACCGACGCCUGUUCGAGGACGAGGAACAAGACUUGUUUAAAGACUUGCAAUCGCUGCCGAAGAACGCGGCUUUGCGAAAGCUGAACGACUUAAUUAAACGAGCUCGCUUAGCCAAAGUCCACGCUUAUAUUAUAUCCGAGCUUAGGAAAGAAAUGCCUUCGUUCAUAGGCAAGGAGUCCAAAAAGAAGGAGCUUAUUAAGAGUCUGGGCGUGAUAUAUGAAAGACUGCAAAAGGAACAUCAAAUUUCCCCCGGGGAUUUUCCCGAAAUUAAGAAGAUGCAAGAAACCCUGGCUAACCAGGACUUCACCAAGUUCCACCCGCUUAAACCCAAGCUGUUGGAAAUCGUCGACCGAAUGCUAGCUGACGAUAUCGCCAAUUUAAUGGCUAAAAUACCGCUAGAGGAAGACAACAAUAAGGAAACAAUGGGCAAUGUUAAGGGCGGGGCUUUUGUUAGCGUGGAGGACACCGUGUCACCAUUUGGAUACAAAAAAGGAGAAGGGAUUGAUGCCGGGUCAGGCGAGAUUGACUGGAUUGUCAAUAGGGAAAAACCGAAAUAUGAUCAAAUUUUUGACCAAAUCGCUACCGCCGACGGGAAGGUUACAGGAAUGGCUGCAAAGAGUGAGAUGCAAAAAUCGAAGUUGCCUAAUACCGUUUUGAGCAAAAUCUGGAAACUGGCGGACGUGGAUAAAGAUGGCAUGCUGGAUAACGAAGAGUUUGCUUUAGCGAUGCAUCUAAUUAAUAUUAAAAUCGACGGGAACGAUUUACCAGCAGAGCUACCAACCCAUCUCCUACCACCAUCCAAGCGUUAAAUUAGUAUUAUUUUACCAUCAUCCACAAGUGCUAUAUAUUAUUAUUCUCUGUGUGCCUCUUCAGUCAAGAAUGUACAAAUUCAAGAGAAUAUUUGCUUUUCUUGAUUCCAAUACCAAAAAAAUUAGUUUUGUUAGUUUUCUAUCUUUAUAUUGCAAUAUUAGGUUUAGCGUAAUGUAAGGAAUGGCCACAAUUAACUAACACUAAAGCUGUCUAAUAUCAACAUGUGAUAAUAAAAUGCGUACUGUAUAUAUUUGUAUUAUAUAACUAUAAACGACAUUAGUUACAAUUUCGUACGAUUUCAAUCGGUUUCUGUUUCUAUUAUUUAUGUAUUUACUAUUGACUUCAUAGAAUCCUAUAGGCACUUGAGGAAUUCAAUUUAUAUUGUUGUA